UUCUUUAUCUCCAAGUGGCUGACUUCUGUUUUUCAAGGGUAUUGUUUUCCAUCUCCUCGCUUAAACACUGUAUCUUCUUCAAGUAUGGAAUUUGUAUGGAAACGACGGUGGUAUCUUCAGCUGGGCUGUAUGCUGAUAGUGAAUUUGGUUUAUGCCAAUCUAGAGUAUCAAAAAGAAACUCCUCCAAGCCUGCGUGAGAUUGACCAUCAGUGCUGGGAGGUAUCGUCCCAUGGCCUGGUGGAAAUGAAGAAACUCAAGGUAGCAGAUACAGUCAUUGCUCUCUGGGACUUCAUGAUGUUCCUAAAGGAAUCCCCUAAGCCCAAGCACAAUGAACUCUUCAAUGACUUAGCCCAGAACUUCUGGGAUAUGUAUGUAGACUGUGUGCUCUCAAGAUCCCAUGGAAUGGGCAGAAGACAAUUAACAUCUCCCAAAUAUUCUUCCACAUACUCAUACAGAACUUUAGAAGGCUCUGCUUUCACCAAUCCAUUUUAGACCAAAAGGGAAGAAAAUGAAGAUACUUAAACAAGGCAACAUCAGAACAAAGGAGUACAAAAUCACAAUAUCUAUUGUAGACGUUUGGACAAAUCCUUUGGCAUGGCAACAUCGCAGCUGAGAUGCAACCCGUGCACCAAGUGGCUCAAAAGAGGGACAGACUCACUCGACUGCUGCUCUCAGUAUAAA